CCCCGCCAGGUGCCCUUUUUAACGGGCUGCCGAGGCGCCCGGGCGCCGAUUGCGCAGCGCCAUGCCGAGCCCGGGAGACGGCGGAGGAUCGCGACGCAGAAGCAGCGGCCGGCAACAUGCGCCCGCCGGAGAAGCCUCUGCUGCUGCUGCCGCCGCCCCUGCGCGUCUCGGUCGCCGCGGCCGCUUGCUGCCUGCUGCUCCUGCAGGUGGACGCCUAUUUCGGCCUGACUGGGAAGGAAGCGCUAACUCAGUUUCCUCUGCUGGGGCCCUCGACCAACCCUGCCCACUGGAAGGCUCACCUGAAGCAAUGCGACCUGCUCCGCUUAUCCCGUAAGCAGAAAAGGCUUUGCCGUCGAGAGCCAGGCCUGGCUGAGACCCUACGGGAUGCCAUCCGUCUCGGGGUUGUGGAAUGCCAGUAUCAGUUUCGCAACGAGCGCUGGAAUUGCAGUCUGGACGGGCGAGCCGACCUUCUGAAACGAGGUUUCAAGGAAACGGCCUUCCUGUAUGCGGUGUCCUCGGCAGCUCUGACCCAUUCCCUCGCGCGGGCCUGCAGCGCUGGGCGCAUGGAGCGCUGCACCUGUGAUGACUCUCCGGACUUGGAGAACCGCAAGGCGUGGCAGUGGGGAGUGUGCGGAGACAACCUCAAGUACAGCACGAGGUUCCUGAAAAACUUCCUGGGCCAGAAGAAGGUUGGGAAAGACCUGCGCGCCAAGGUGGACAUCCACAACACAAACGUGGGCAUCAAGGCCGUGAAGAAUGGCCUCAAGACCACGUGCAAAUGCCACGGGGUUUCUGGCUCGUGCGCCGUGCGGACCUGCUGGAAGCAGCUGUCGCCUUUCCACGAGACGGGGAAGCUCCUCAAGCUCCGCUACGACAGCGCCGUCAAGGUCUUCAGCGCCACCAACGACGCGGUGGGCCAGUCGGAGCUGGCAAGCCCCCAGCCCCACAACCACAUGCCGAAAGUCCCCGCCGGCCCACGCCCCACCGACUUGGUUUACAUGGAGGACUCUCCCAGCUUCUGCCGGCCCAGCCGGUACUCGGUGGGCACGGCCGGGAGGACGUGCUCCCGGGAGGCCAACUGCGACAGCAUGUGCUGCGGCCGGGGCUACAACAUCCAGACGCGCAUGGUGACCUUCUCCUGCCAUUGCCAGGUGCAGUGGUGCUGCUACGUUGAAUGCCAGCAGUGCAUGCAGGAAGAAGUGGUUUAUAGCUGCAAGCAGUGAGACGCGGGCGCUGGCAAGUCUUGCGGGGAGACCAGCCUGCUCCUCCUUGGACCACACGGAAGGCCAGCAGCUCAACUUUGUUCUCUCCUUUGCAUCGGGUAUGGAAGUUCGCAAGGGGUGGGACUUGUAAGCUGCAGGAGUUCUGCAGCCCUGGAUUUUACGGUUCUGUGGACCAGCAGCUUAUCUCCAGGACUGCCUCUGCUGUGGGAAGGCUGGCACCAAGAAAAGAGUCAAGGACCUAUUCCCGUAAGAUAUCUAAGGAGCUGCCUUGUGUUGUCCAUCUAGCCUAGUCCAGGACUCUUGGCUGGGAGUGGCUGCCUGAGGUUUUGCGCAAGGGGUCUUCCUCAGCCAAUUUUUCUAAAUGGCAAAUGAAACUGGAACCUGAGCUGUGCAGAGCAUGGACCAAGCUGCCAGAACUUCUCUAGAGCAAGCUCCAAGGGUCUGUUUUAAGACAGGGGUCUUGAGUCGCAGCUAGCCCAGGAAGAUCUGUUUCGAUGAGCUUCCAGGAGGGUGAAUGGAUGGGUUUUCCACGGCCACAACGCAGCAUUUUCUUUGAACCAUGUGCCUCUUUCUGGGUAGCGCUGCAGCCUUUAGUCACAGCGCCAGCUUUGGCCGAUGGCACCAUCAGGCAGCUGCUGCAGCCCCGCCAGCAGGGCCCACUGCUGAUUUCUACCCCAGUCCCCCUUUAGAGAAGCAGCAGAGCGCCUCCAUUUAAAGCUCCCACAAUGCCUGGCGUAACAUCGCUUGAGGUCAUUGUGAUAAAUCUAAACGGUUGCCCCUAGCCGGCCAGCGCUCGAUUCAGACUUCUGUUGCUGCCAGGACUCAGUUGAGGUGUCUUAUGUGAGAAGGCGUUUUAUCGUGCCCCACCAAAAUUUGGACCUGACCCUGCGUGGCCCCGCACGACCUGCUCAAAGGGGAACUGUACUGUGCACCCCCAGGGGUAAGCAUGGUCUUUGGUUCUGCCCUGCAGUGAAUUUGGGGUGGGUUGUGGGGCAUCACGCCUGAGAAGGCAGAGAUGAGGUGCUGCGUUCUUAAGGGACCCGAGGACAAAGAGGAGGAGCAGAGAAUUCAGGAAGUGCGAAUGGACGAAGGCCAGCACCUGCCUCCAUUUUGUUAGGCUAAAAUUUGGGGGAAGAAGAAAACUCUCAUAGCUUGAAUUUGCAAAUAGAAGCAUCUAUUGGGCAAUGACGGGGGGCAAACCUAGGAAUGUGGACACUAUUUCCAGUGGAACUAUUUAUAGUUGCGGGCGAGGGUAGAUGGACAGGUCCACUUGUUUUUAUGUGAAACGAGCAAAGAGUUAAGGCGGCUAAGGACUGGGCAGCUUCCACGACAGGUCUGUCUGUAAGCCUGGGUCAAACAUACUUUCUUUCUUUCAUGUGAUUUUCUUGGUGUGUGUGUGUUUUUUAAAAAGAGUGUUUUAUUGCAUUGCUUAGAUGCCGUUCAUCAUUCAUUGCCCUCACAGCCCUUGGUCUCAGCUGCCCACAAUACUGGUGUGGGGUUUUUUUUGGUCACUUGGCUGUAGCGGCUUGUGUGAUCUUCGUUAGUGUCAUGAUGCUAAACCAGACGUGAUGUCGCAGCAACAAAGGAAUAAAAUGGACCAAAAAUCUAAAGUGACCCACCCAAUAUCUGAAGGAGGGAGCCAGUUUGAUGCUGUUUUUACUUCGGCUUGAUGCUGGGGGCUUUUUGGCCUUCCCUGAGGCGGAAGUAAUAACUACCCAUAGAAAACAACAGAGAAAUCUUUACUUUUUGUGUAGCUGCGGUUGGGCGGUAAUGUUGCUGCUCAGGUAACUAAAAAGAUGGGAGUUUUUGUUUU